AUGACAAAUAAUAAUGACUCAGUUGAUGAAGCUAUAUUAAAUUAUGUUGGUCAUUCAGUAGACACAAGUAAUAACAAGAAUAAUUCUAACAACAACAAUUCUAAAUCAGAUGAUCAUGAUGAUUUUAAUGAAUGGAGCGAACUUUUAAACGAUUCAUUUGACAAUACCGUUUCACAAGAUAGCAGAAGAAAAUCAAAAAAGAGGAGAAGAUCAAGCAACGACUCAUCAUCCUCAAAAAAGAAGAAUAGAAUUAAUAAACGUGACAGUAUUUCCAUUAACUCCAAUCCUCAUCAAGUUGAGACUAAUUCUUCAGUAAUUGAUGAUAGAAUUCAUGAACUUUCAAUUCCACAAACUCAAAACUCAAUUAAUAGUCAUGACAAUCAGCUAAAUGAAGAAAUGCAAGCAAAAUUGUUGGCAGCUGCCAAAGCAAUAGUUGAGGAAGAAGAUAUAUAUACUACAUCAAAUAAUAACGCAUCAAAUGAAUCCCCAGCUUCAAGUUCAACUUCCACCAAAAGAACCAAAAAACAAAAACCACCAAAAGAAACUUCCAAAACUGAACCACCAGAAUUACCUAAAUAUGAUUUUUCAAAAAUAUCAACAGAAGAUCAAUUAAUUGAAAUAGCUGCCAAAAAAUCAAUUACAUGGUUUGAUGAAAAUGUACCAGAAGAUGAAAGAAAAAAACCAAGACCAUUUAGUACAGAAGAAGAUAUAAUUAUAGAUUAUUAUUUUGCAGGGUAUUGUCAUAUACAUAAUUGGAAUAGAGAACAAUUAUGUAAUAGAAUUUGGGCAACUGAACGUAAAAAGGAUAAAUUUUGGAAAAAAAUUGUUAAAAUUUUACCAUAUAGAACACAAUCAAGUAUAUAUAAACAUAUAAGAAGAAGAUAUCAUAUUUUUGAUAAAAGAGCUCAAUGGGAUAAUGAAGAAGAUUUAAAAUUACAAAAUUUAUCAACUACACACCCAGGUAAUUGGAAAACUAUUGGAGAAAUAAUGGGUAGAAUGCCAGAAGAUUGUAGAGACCGUUGGAGAAAUUAUAUUAAAUGUGGUCAAGUUAGAACACAACAAAAAUGGACUCCAGAAGAAGUAAAUGAGUUAGUUUAUUUAGUGAAUGAAAUGGUUCAUAAAUUAAAAAAUGAAGAAGAAAAAGAGAACUCAUCACAAACUUCUUCAAAAGAUCUUAUUUCAAAAAUCAAUUGGACUAUUAUAAGUGAACGUAUGAAAGGUAAAAGAUCAAGAAUCCAAUGUCGUUAUAAAUGGGCAAAAUUAAAUGAAAAAUCAAAUCAUUUAAAUGAUUUUGAAAUGUCAAAUAAUACAAAAUUAUGGGUUUUGAAAAAAAUUAAAAAAAUGGAUAAUGUUAAAAAAAUAUCUGAUAUAAAUUGGGAUAAAAUUUCAAAAAAAUAUGAAAAAGAUCAACCAGAUUUUGCAGGUUGGUCAAAAAUUGAAUUUGAAAAAUAUAUUAAAAGCUUGGUAAACAGAAAUAAAGAUGAAAAGAAAAAAUUUCAACUGAUUAUUAAAGAUGAAAUAUCUGAAUACAAGUAA